AUGGGAAACACAAAAUCCACUGAGUCGAUUCCGAAGAAAUCGACGCGCAGAAAGUCGGCCACCACACCGAGUACCAGAUCUUCCAGCAGCAGCAGCCGUCCGUCCGUGUCAUCCCAAGGAAAUCGUAAACCACUACUCUCAAUCAGUCAGCGACAGAUUAUCAAAGGAUGUGUGGAUAAUUCGAAAGAUGAUCUUGGAGAGAGAAUCUUCCGAAGAGUUCUCGAGAAACGAGACGACUUCAAGCAGUUUAUUGAUAAUUUGAGCAAGGCGCAGAGAUAUGAAAACUCGAAUUAUUUGAAGCAAUUCUUGUUGGGAAUCGUUGAAAGUUUGACAGAUAUUGAUGAGAUCAACAGAAUCUCCGAGGAGUACGGUUGCAAUCACGUCCAAUUCCGUUUGUACGGUUUCAAGCCAGACUUCUUCGCUGCCACAGCCGACGCCGUCGCCACAGAAUGCACAUUCUUGGAUCAGGCCGCCCAUUUGACAAGUGAAACUGCGACGGCAUGGUAUCUGCUGACAACUCAUGUAUUCUCGGCGGUCAGAGAUGGCUACUACGCCGAACUCCGUCGUCAACGAAAGUGCAGCAACGCGUUCCGCGCGCGCGUCUCCGUCGACGUCGUCUCCACCGGCACCGACGACGGAACCAGUCUUUCCAGCGCCACCAGAAGAUCUAACUCGCCACAAGAGGAAAUUGCCGAAAAGUUCGAACAGAAGUCGAACCAGACGGAUGAUAAUGAUAACGAGCCAUCCGGCAAUUUUCUUUCGCCGCCGCAGAUUUAUUAA